AUGAAGUCAAGCGUUGGAGUUUUAUUCGCGCUCGCUCUCUCUUUGGCACCUUUCAGCUCUGCUAUCCCCGCUCCCGCAGAUGCUCAAAUCACUCCGCCGCCCGGAUACAUCAAGCCCUGCUACACUCAUACAACCACUUUUGACCAGACAACCUGCCCGGUGACGACAUGCAUCGUCAUGCCAUGCAUCAGCAUUACGACCUCCACCACUCCAUGUCUAACCCUCUCAUGCUCGGAGACUCCCACGAUAACCCGAUUCCGGCCAUGUCCCACCACUUGCCGAACCGGGUGCUAUACGUCCACGUCUUACGUGACGCCCCCUAUCUGCCCUCUUUAA